AUGAAGAGACAGACACAUUCUGAUAAUUCAUUAUCAUCUAAAUAUAAGUCACUGCCAUAUUUUAGUGAGAAUAUAAUGUCGGCCAGCAACUCAGAGCCUGGGGAAUUUGAUCAGAUCCCCGUUAUCGACCUCUCGGCAUUGAGGAGCCCUGUGCUGAAGGAGCGCCAACGGCUGGCAAAGAAGAUCUUCACUGCCUGUACUCAGGUCGGAUUCUUCUACAUCAAGAACCAUGAGAUAGCUGAAGAUCUCAUCGCUUCUCUCCAUGACAUGGCGCGUCAGUUCUUUACCCUCUCGCAGAAGCAAAAGAUGGAUUAUUAUAUUGGAAGGUCUAGGAAAUUCCGCGGUUUCAUGCCUCUUUACUCAGAGCAGCCCACUGACACCGAUCUCGGGGCCGCUCCCAAGGCAGACCCUACCUCACCCGGGGCAUUUUCCGAAUCCUUCGAUAUCGGAUAUGAAGUCGCUGCAGACCCUCUUAAAAGCCAACAUGGCGAUGGUCCUCUGGACACGUACGAUCUGUACGGAGAUAAUCAAUGGCCUGAGGAAGAUGUCCUCCCUGGCUUUCGCGAAGUCUAUCUUCGGUACUUUGCUGAGGCGCUGACCUUAUCUCGGGCGCUGAUACGAAUCUUUGCGCUAGCACUGGAUCUACCCGAGGACUUCUUCGACACGAUGAUCAAGAACCCCGGGGCCACGUCGAGGAUGUUGCACUAUCCACCGCAGCCGGUUGCGGACGAGGUGAGAGUCGGACUUGGAGAACACACGGACUAUGAGUGCUUCACUAUUCUGUCACAAGAUCAAGUUCCGGCUCUGCAGGUCCUCAACGCUCGGCAGGAAUGGAUUCUGGCACCGCCGAUUCCGGGCACGUUGGUUGUGAACAUUUCGGAUUGCCUGUCCAUCUGGACAAACAAAAAGUUCAAAUCGACAAUCCAUCGUGUGACAAACCUGACUGGACAGGAGCGAUAUACCGUCCCCUUCUUCUUUGGUGUGGACUAUGACACCACUGUGGCGGUGCUACCGAGCUGCAUUACCGAGGACAACCCUGCGUGUAAGAAGCCGUUCAAAGCGGGGGAGUGGGUGCGCCACCAAUUGACUACGGCCUAUGUUGGAUACGAGCCAGAGCCGCCGACCCAAGGGAAUUAG